AUGACUACCGCAGCAGAUGUGAUCAUCUUGUCGUCCUCUCCGAACCCUCCGCGAUCACCAAAAUUAGCUAGGCAUGAUCGCAACCCGGCGUGUCACGCCUUGCCACCAGAUGCAACGCCACCGCCAGUACCUUCGCCGUCUGAGUUGUUCCAACCGCACACGCGUUCUCGAUUCUUUCCCACCUCAAUUGCCAGCGACCAGUACCUGGCAUCCGCGCCGAAAACAAAGAAGCGAUCGACCAAGAAAGCUUCCGAUGAUCAAAGCGCAUCGGGCAAGCCUGGAGGAAAGACGAAGAAACUAGCAAAUAAGCUAGCACCAGUUGCGCCCAGCAGUCCACAGCCUGACCCCGUGGGCCGAAUGGAUAAUGCGGCAAAACCUGGCAAGGGCAGACCCCGGAAAACUGCCAAGAACCAGGACCAAGGCAAUAUGAAACUGGCUGGGAAGGUUACAAAGACGAGCACCGGAGAGGAGGCAAAGGAAUCGACUAAGGCUGGCAAGAAGACGACUGCUACAAAACAAUUGCCUUCAACUGAUUCAGGGGAGACUCCAGUACCCACGAAUGCUUUGGGUAAAGAUGAGCAAUUGCACCUAGACGAGGCAACGAGAAGAAGAUUGGAUUGGACCCCACCGAGGGAGACUGCCUGCGAAAAUCUCACUUUAGUCGAUGAUUCCGGAGAGCAGGAGAAACGCUGUGAGCCAAACGCCAUGGGUGGGUUUGGCAAGCUGCUAUCCGAUUAUAGUUUCUCUGGAUCAGCUCCAAAUCCCCGCGAGCUUCCCCAGAAUGCAAACAGCGGACCAACAAAACGACGACGGAUAGAGCUGGAGCAUCCCCAAAUCCAACAGCUAGUCAAUGACAAGCCCUAUAGCUUGAGUGAUUACACAUCUACAGACGAAUCGGCUUCAGGGAAGUCAAAGAAGGCAACCAAGGCCAAACCUAAGAAAUUUACAACGCUGACGGCUCGAAUGACUGCGCAGUAUGCACAAAAUAACGAACAAGAAGGGGAAGGACCGGUCAUGGAUUGCGUUCCAGGCAAUAGGGCCGCAAAAAACAGGCGAGGGAAAGCCAAAGAAAUGGAUAACGAUUCUCCUUUCACCAUUCUUUCUCCGGAAGCUGCUGUCGAGUUUAUGAACGACCAAGACCUUGUAUUCGGCACCUGCAGUCAGUUGGAAAGAGAGGAUUCACCGCAGACCUUGCGGGAAAUGCAACAAGCUACCUGUGCUUCUGAGAGUCUUUCAUACCGAGACGGAAAAUGCGAUUCUGUCCAUGCUCAGAAGAGCAGAGCAGCACGAGAACCUCCUAUCCGGUCUGUCUCAAGGAUAACAGGCACUAAAAACCUGUGGAAUGUUGCAUCCAGAGACAUAGAGGGCUCUUUGGUUCAGUCUGAGAAGUUGAAUGUGGUUGACCUGACUGAUCGCCCUGAACUUUCCACAAAGAGUCAUGACCAAAUGGCCAAACCAGCACUGAAACCCCUUGACAAGAAUUGGUUUGAGCUUGACUAUGCGGACAUUGAUUCACCACCUGAAAAGAAACCACCGAAAAACAGCUCGAGCUCAAACGUCCAGUCUCAGGUUUCAGCAAUUGCAACGCCUGUCAAGAGAACUAAGGCUGCUCCAUUGGAACCGGCCAUCUCGCAACAAACUGAUCCACAGGCACCUCAAAUGCCGCAAUAUGCUGGGUUUACGGAUGCGGAGUUGUCUAAACAAAUUGCUAGAUUUGGUUUCAAGUCGGUCAGGGGACGCAAGAAGAUGAUCGAUCUCCUUCAGCAAUGCUGGGAGUCCAAGCAUGGCGGCGCUGCCACUGGUAGUCAGCCAGCUACCCAGACAGAACAACCGAAAACAUCGGCCACUGUACAGAGCAACGACCCGAAGCCUGCCUUCGAUUCGAAAUCCAAGGCAAAGACAAAGCCCAAAUCGGUAACUUCUAUUAUCAAAGAAACUUCACUGGAGACCGCAAAACCAGCUCCUGCUUCACGCAACAAUUCCCAGAAAAGUCCGCAGAAAGGCUCAAAGACCAAACCUACCACUGGAUCCUCUGCAUCAUUCAUUGACGUGGAAGAAAUCCAAGACUCAGAAGAGGAAGUCACACCAUCUCCGAGUCAAGUACAAAGUCACUACGUCAACAUCUAUUCAAAGUCCAGAAUGGGCAGUCAAACUCGCGAGCACACCCUUGACAUCAUCACUAAAACCCCACCUGCAAGCCCAACAAAACGCAAACUUACUUCCAAGGUUUCAGUCACAAAGACCCGCACAACUGAACCCUCUGCACGAGUCAGCCUGGCAGACAUAUCUGCCCAGAUUACCAAAGCUGUUCGAGCUCAGCCUCGGCUCUCACCAUUGUCAUCAGCUCUGGGCAGCCGCAAUCGGUCAACAUGGCAUGAGAAGAUCCUCAUGUAUGAUCCUAUCAUCUUGGAGGAUUUCACAGCGUGGCUUAAUGUUGAAGGGCUUGGGCUUGUCGGUGAAGACCGAGAGGUUGGGACUGCAUCUGUCAGGGAGUGGUGUGAGAGUAAGGGGGUAUGUUGCUGCUGGAAAAAGAAUGCAAGCUGGUAG